CAACAAAAUGAUUCAUGGGAUUCACAAUCUGAAAUAUCCACCACGCCUUCUAUGUCGAUUUCAAAUUGUGGUAGAAGUAAUCAACAGUUACCAUAUGAUAUAAAUAAAUCCAACCAAUUAUUAUUAGAAGGAAUAAUUGAAGGUGGCGCAUCUCUUUCUCUUGUAGAUGCGAAAAAAUUUAAGGAGUUUAUUUACUCUAUAAAUAAUUUAUAUCAUGUUCCAUCAAGAAGAAAGCUCUCAUAUAAUGUUCUUGAUGAAGUUCAUAUGAAUAUUCAAACAUCUAUUAAUAAAUUUCUAUAUAAAUCUUUAUGGAUUACUAUUGCAACUGAUGGUUGGACAAACAUUCAUCAAGACCAUUUUGUAAAUUUUAUGGCUAUUGGUAAAGAUUGA